AUGGGCUCUGUCUACCCAUAUGGACAGUUGGUCCGGGCUGUCCGGACCGGUGUCUCCUUCGUCCCUCGGCGGACAUUGGCUUCAACAGCCAUCCGUCGGGCACAGGAGGACGGCAAUGACAAUUCAACUCCGAGUCCGAAACUAAGCGAAUCGAAAAAAUCCCCCUCUCUCUUCUCGUCGGUCAAGGAUUACUUCCUCGGGGGGAAGCCCAAGGAAAAAGCCACAGUCGCCCACACGCCAACAGCCCCGAAGAAAGAGGAAGGUGGGCUGGGAUCGAGCUCAAUUUUUGCCGAUGAUCUUAUGAAGGGACCGAAGCCCAGUCGAAAGAAGGAGCCCCAGCCAGGAGAAGAAGUAGAGCCCGUGCCUUUGGAGGAGCGCAACAAGACGAACCUGCAGAUGGCGCUCAACCCUCUUCCUAAGUCACAGCUACGAUGGGAACGAAAAAUGGUGAUCCGCGAAGUCCGAAAGCGUGGCCGUAUUCCACGGCCGGUGCAGAUUAAGCGAACAGAGCGCGAAUCGCUUUCCAAGUCGCACUGGUUCAAGACCUCGGUGAAGAAGCUGGCUCCCCUAGCGCGGCAGAUCGCAGGCAAGAAUCUCGAUGAGGCUAUCCUGCAGAUGCGCUUUAGCAAGAAGAAGGCCGCCCAGGAUGUGCUCGGGCACCUAGAGCAUGCGAAGAACGUCGCCAUGGUCCGUGCCGGCAUGGGCCUCCCGGGCCCCCAGGGCUCUGAACAGUCCAAACCUAUGGAACCCAUGACUGUCAUUCUCAAGGACGGCUCGCGCAAGAAGAUCACCGACCCGACAUCCAUCUACAUUCAGCAGGCGUGGGUCAACCGUGGCCCAUACGGAUACGGUAUGGACCACCGUGCGCGUGGCCAGAUCAACCGGCUCCGACCCCCGGCCACCGGUCUGACGGUGCUGUUGAAGGAAGAAAAGACCCGAAUCCGUGAGUGGCAGGAGCGUGAGGCCAAGGCGCUCCGUCAGCGCAAGGCGCAGCUCUGGCACCAACUGCCAGAUCGCAAGAUCACGGCACAGAACCAGUACUACAGCUGGUGA